UCGCUGGGUGGAAAGAAGGCGAGAAGUCAUGCGGGAGCGCCGCUGCCCACCGUGCUCUGUCUGUUCCCCCCCUUCCUUUCCCCCCCAAGGUAUUUGCGAUCGGAGACUUAAAUGGGAUUAAAAAGUCCUUGCCAGCGGGGGAAGAAGGGACUCCGGAGAAGAGAGCGGAGCUCGUAACGCCGACGGGGGAGGUCGCAAGGGAAGGAUGCCCCCCCAGGCCAGCCUCCCUUCUCCGGCUUUCUGAUGGAUCCCCGCGAAACAAUGCAGUAAACGGGAUGAAGGCGGAAUUGGGACCGGUUUCCAGACUCAGCGCAGUUGCCUCGAGCAGGGGGGUGCCCCCUUUUCUCUGGACCAUUUUCUAUUUUACAUGUUUCUUGGGAUUCACACAGGCAAGUUCAGAAGAUGUGGACAUUCUUCAGAGAUUGGGCCUGGUGGGGCCAAGGCCAUUGGGUGCAGGGUCAUCUUCACGCCCUAUUCCUCAGGGAGUCAUCCCAUUCAAGUCAGGGGUCAUCUUCACUCAAAGAGCACGUAUUGAAGUGCCUGUCGGCACGAUUAUUCCAGCCUCCUUUGGCACGGACUUGGCUCUAGUGCUGAGCUUGUGCUCCCAUCGAGUCAACAGUGCUUUUUUGUUCACCAUCAAGAACAAAAAGAAGAAACUACAGCUAGGUGUGCAGUUCAUCCCGGGGAAAAUCAUAGUUUAUGUAGGCCACAAGCACUCCGUAUAUUUUGAUUACAGUGUUCAUGAUGGUCAAUGGCACAAUCUGGCCAUUGACAUCCGAGGCCAGGUGGUCACUCUGUUUACCUCUUGUGGGAAGCAAAGAGUACAUGCAGAUUUGCAUCUUAAAAAAGACGAGACGUUGGACCCGGAAGGGUCUUUCCUUUUAGGCAAGCUCAAUCAGCACUCAGUACAGUUUGAAGGUGCCCUUUGCCAGUUUGAUAUUUAUCCUUCCGCCAAGGCAGCUCAUAAUUACUGUAAGUACCUGAAAAAACAAUGCAGGCAAGCGGAUACUUACCGGCCGAUUCUUCCACCUCUUGUCCCGCUUCUGCCCAAGGACUCAAGAACUUCUGAAAGGACUCCACCACAAUCAGAACUUCUCCUUCUGGGCUUGAAGAAUCUGACCACUGUGAUUCCCUCAUUAUCACUCUUCAAGAACACCACUCCUCAGAGGAACAGGAGAUUGGUUGCAGCAUCCACCACCAUUGUACCAUCUAAACCCCCAACCCUGCCUCCAACCACCAAAGUUGCGAAGAGCCUUGCGGCCUCAUCUCCCGUCCUGCCAAACACUGAAGUUCAGCUGCCUGCCCAAACUCUCCAUCGGACUACCACAGUAGGCCUUCAGGUUUCCACAGUAGCUCGCCGGACUACCACUGUAGCCCUCAGAGCAUCCCCUUCCAGUGCAAACUCGGAGAAACCUCGUUUGUCCACCACCAAAAAUGUUCCUUCUGCCUUCAUCAGCUCAACCACAAGUUCCACUGCAGUUAUCGACAGGAAGGAGUUGGAGAAAAAGACCAAAAAGAUGAUAAACCAAAGCCAAACAAUCAAGCCUUUUCAAACAGCUAGCACUGCAAAGCCAGUGAUGAAGAAGGCUGAAAACUCAUCCAGGAAUCUCCUUCCAGUGACCAUAAAACACAAAAUGGAGAAUGCAACCAAAGGUCCUAUACCAAAGAAAUUAUUAUCUCUGCCAGCACUGAAAAAACCAGAUUCUACCAUAAUUUCUGUUCCUUAUAUCAAGCCAACACUUGGAACUUAUCCUGUCAUCAGAACAAAUGUGCAAAGCAUCCCCUUAUCAACGCUGGCUCCCACAAUCGCGUAUCAGCUGUUUGAUCCCAUUGGGCCUACUCUCUUCCCAUUUGUUAUGGGGCUUCCAGGACCGAAAGGCGACCGAGGUCCUCCGGGCCCCUCAGGUCUGCCUGGGUUACCUGGACCACCUGGCAAGAGAGGCCCACGGGGUCCUCCUGGCCCUCAUGGGAAUCCUGGCCGGCCUGGUCUACCUGGCCUUAAGGGCCAGAAAGGAGAUCCUGGACUGUCCCCUGGAAAAGCACGGAAUGGCCUGAAAGGAGAUGUAGGAUUACCUGGAUUGACUGGUCUUCCUGGACCACCUGGUAGAAAGGGACAUAAAGGCUAUCCAGGCCCACCAGGUCAUCCUGGAGACCAGGGUGAACGAGGACCCGAUGGGAACCCAGGUGCCAAAGGUUAUCCUGGCAGGCAGGGUUUACCUGGACCUAUAGGGGAGCCUGGUCCAAAAGGCAGUCGGGGGUACAUUGGUCCACCCGGAUUGUUUGGGCUGCCGGGUGCUGAUGGAGAACGAGGGAUCCCCGGAGUUCCUGGGAAGAGGGGCAAGAUGGGUAGGCCGGGCUUCCCUGGUGAUUUUGGGGAACGAGGACCACCUGGCAUUGAUGGCAACCCAGGAGACGUGGGAGCUCUGGGCCCUCCUGGAGUUCAUGGACUCAUUGGUGAUAUGGGCGCUGUUGGACCAAUAGGCUUUCCAGGACCAAAAGGAUUAAAGGGGCUGAUGGGAAAUCCCGGAGAGCAUGGACUGAAAGGUGAUAAGGGUGAUCAGGGAGUGCCUGGUGUUCCAGGAGAUAUUGGAUUCCAAGGUGACAAGGGCAGCCAAGGUUUGCCUGGGAUGCCAGGUGCCCGAGGAAAGCCAGGCCACACUGGGAAGGUUGGUGACAAAGGUCCAGUUGGAAUUCCAGGACCACCUGGGCCUGAGGGCUUUCCAGGUGACAUUGGCCCCCCAGGACAAAAUGGACCUGAAGGCAUUAAGGGGAAGCCAGGAGCGCGAGGAUUACCUGGCCCAAGGGGACAACCUGGCCAAGAGGGUGAUGAAGGACCUGUAGGGCCACCUGGGAUUCCCGGGCUGGAGGGUCCGUUUGGCAGGAAGGGCUUUCCAGGAAAACCGGGACCUGAUGGCGUCAAGGGUGAACCAGGGAAUCCAGGCCGGCCAGGAAAAGUUGGUGAUCAGGGUCUGAUGGGCUUCAUUGGUCCAGUAGGGGAACCUGGAAUAGUCGGGGAGAAGGGAGAUCGGGGUGCCGUUGGACCGCCAGGACCGCCAGGCGUCAAGGGGUCGAUGGGACAUCCUGGAAUACCAGGAGGAGUUGGACCCUCAGGACCUCCUGGGCAACCAGGCCCUCCUGGAGUUCGCGGUUCUCAAGGCAUGCGAGGCCCAAAAGGUCGUAGGGGUGCCCGAGGCCUGGAUGGACCAGUAGGCGAGGUGGGGUCCCGAGGUGCCAAGGGCCAAACAGGGCACCCGGGCAAAUCGGGACCAGAUGGGCAUCAGGGAGCGACGGGAGAGAUGGGAGAGAUAGGACCUCGCGGCUUCCCUGGUAUUCAAGGACCUUCUGGGCCCCAAGGAGCCAAAGGGCCUCCGGGAGAUCCGGGGCCUCAGGGAGCACAAGGUCCACCUGGGCCUUUGGGAGAAAUUGGACAUAAGGGACCUCCUGGCUCUGCAGGGCAACGUGGCCUUCCGGGUGAACCAGGCAUGAAGGGUGACAUUGGACCAUUCGGGGUCCCUGGAGAGCAAGGCCUCAUUGGUCAAAGGGGAGAGCCAGGCCUGGAAGGUGACAGCGGCCCACUUGGACCAGAUGGACUUAAGGGAGACAAAGGAGAACCAGGACCAGAAGGGGAAAAUGGAGAGAAGGGUCAAGAAGGCGUAAAAGGAAAAGAGGGACCUUCUGGAUAUCCCGGAGCCUCAGGUGUUCGAGGACCAGAAGGAAAACCGGGCCAGCAAGGGGAAAAAGGCAAAACUGGCCCAAAGGGCAGCAAAGGCAAUCAGGGGCAACUUGGAGAAACUGGCCCACCUGGGAAGAUGGGACCAAUGGGUACUCAAGGCCCCAAAGGAUCCAGAGGUACCCUGGGAGCUAUGGGUGCCCCAGGUAGAAUGGGUGUCCAAGGAGAACCUGGUUUAAAGGGCUAUCAGGGGCAUGCAGGAUCACCUGGACCAAUCGGAUCUCCUGGACCAAAAGGUGAAAAGGGAGAACAAGGUGAUGACGGGAAGACAGAGGGGCCACCUGGACCACCUGGAGACAGAGGUCCAGCUGGUGACAGAGGUGAUCGUGGAGAGCCAGGAGACCCUGGUUAUCCUGGCCAAGAAGGCCUUGAUGGAGAGAGAGGAAAGCCUGGACAGCAAGGAUUGCCUGGACAUCCGGGACCACCAGGCCGACCAGGGCCAAAAGGAUCCAAAGGCCAGCCAGGCCAGAAAGGAAAGCAAGGGCUGCGGGGUGCCUCAGGCAGCAGAGGCUCACCGGGUCUUAUUGGGUUACCAGGUCCCAGAGGAGUGGUUGGAAGGCAAGGUCAAGAGGGCGCCCCUGGAGUUGAUGGAAUGCCCGGGAGAGAUGGCAGCGCUGGGCUAAAGGGAGAACAAGGCGACGAUGGGGAAGAAGGCACACCAGGAAUGUCUGGGAAAAGAGGGACUCCGGGUGUGCUUGGUCUCCCGGGAGCUCAGGGCCCCCCAGGAUUCAAGGGAGAAAGUGGAUUACCUGGUCAGGCAGGCCUGUUGGGGAAGCGAGGACCACCAGGUGGAAUGGGGCUUCCCGGAAGCUCUGGAGAGCCAGGUCCAAAGGGGCAGCCGGGAGACUUUGGUGAAUCAGGAUUUCCAGGGAUCGCCGGACUGUUUGGGCCAAAGGGACCCCCUGGAGAUCUAGGGUUCAAGGGAAUUCAAGGCCCAAAAGGUCCACAAGGCCUCAUGGGGAAGGAAGGCGUUAUUGGACCACUUGGGAUUCUGGGUCCAACAGGAAGCCCUGGCCCCAAAGGAGACAAAGGCAGUCGUGGCGAAACGGGCUUGCAAGGUCCAAAGGGUCCCCCAGGUCCUCGAGGACCCCCUGGACCUCCGGGUUUGCCAGGAAUCCCGGCUACAUUUCAACAAGAUAGCUUUGGUGCCGCUUUCCAAGCCGUGAUGAAUACCGGCGCUGCAUUCAAGAGUGAGGGCUAUCAACAUCCAGACCUUCCAGUGCUGGACCAAGGAGGGGAGAUCUUUAAGACUCUGCACUACCUCAGCACCCUCAUCCAGAGCAUCAAGAGACCCCUUGGAACAAAGGACAACCCUGCCCGCAUCUGUAGAGAUCUCAUGAACUGUGAACAGAAGAUGCAAGAUGGCCCGUACUGGAUUGACCCAAACCUUGGAUGUUCCUCAGAUAGCAUUCAAGUCACCUGUAAUUUCACCCAAGGGGGGCAGACCUGUGUCAGCCCCAUCACUGCCUCAAAGCUGGAUUUCAACAUUGGAAGAGUACAAAUGAAUUUCCUUCACCUCUUGAGCUCUGAGGUUGUUCAGAACAUCACCCUCCACUGCCUGAACACUCCCGUGUGGCAGGAAGGGCCCUCGGAGAAAGGGGUGCAGUUCAAGGCCUGGAAUGGGCAGAUGUUUGAAGCAGGAGGGCAGCUGCAACCAGAUGUGGUGGCUAACAAUUGCAAGGUUCAGGACGGACAGUGGCAGCAGACUCUAUUCAUGUUCCGGACUCAAGACCUCCACCAGCUGCCGAUCACCAACAUCUACAAUCUUCCGCCAUCCGAGCCAGGGACACAGUAUCACCUUGAAGUUGGGCCCGUGUGUUUCCUCUAAAUGGUGGCCUCUGUAGUGCUUCAGACUUUUGACUUCUUUCAUUUUUGGGAUGCUGCAUCUCUGAGCAGGGCUCAUUCCCCCCACCCACACCUCUUCAAGUAGAGGCCUGGGCCUUUAGAGUUUGGACCACAAAGCUCGUACAAAUCUUAAGGAGCCCGCAGUCUGUCAGGCUCUUGUUCUCCAGUGUGGGGAGGAGAGAGUGUUGGCUGCAGGAGAGACACGAUCCAGUCGAUGGGGCUUAGGACGUUGAAAUGGAAGCUGGUCAUCCCAAAAAAUUCCACACCCAAAGUUUUUAUUUUUCCCCCUCUGCCAAAGAAAUGCUAGACAAGAUCUUGCAGAGAAAGCCGGAAUAGCCUGCUCAGUCGUCAUGUUACCCAAUGUGGCUUUCCAGGACUGUGAGUGUAACAGGCAGGGCUCUGCGGAACUGUUAAGAGGCAGGGCUCUGCGGAAUGAGUUAGGAAGGAGACUCGGAAAGGCAGAUUUGCAAACUGUUUUCAGCUGCUUGUUCUGGAACAGGAAGCAUUUUGAUGUGCAAUAUUAGAGAAAGAGAGAGAGAAAAUAUAUUUUAUUUAAGGCAAAAAAUAAAAAUGAAACCAAGUGAGACCCUUCUUCUCUUUGGGAGAGAAGAGAUCCCUUUUCGCCCGGGUGGGAAGGGAGGGCCCAAAGUAGGAAAGAGGUGAGAAGCGAUUGGUGCUAAAAAAAAAGAAAAAGAAAAAAAGGACAACGAGAGGGGGGAUGGGCUCGGUUAAUUUGAUUCUACCUCUCACUGUGAAAUACCUGGUGCUCUUUUAUUUUUUAAGGAAAAAUGUGUUAUUUUAUAUAUGACAAACUAUUUAAGGUUCUAAGAGGUGCUAUGAUGUCUCAUCACAGACCCACCGAACCAUCAACUUGGGUGCGUUCUCUUGAGAAACAAGAACAAGGAAAAUGGGGAGGGGGGUGUUGUGAUUGUCAGCAAAAUAACUACAAAUUGACUUUUAACUUAACGUGCAUAUGAGGUUUUAUAUUUUCCUUUGGAAUCCAGGUUUCGUAACGAUCAUUUGUCAUGGGUGCUUUACCAUAAUGUGUACCUAAGGAAAUGUUUUUUUAAAAAAGCAAGCAUUGAGCUUAUAAAAACACAUUUCUCCACUUUUAUAUAUAGAUGUGUGCGUGUCUGUGUGUGUGUCUGCGUGUGUUUGUACUUGUGCAACUUACCCACCAAAACAUCACACUGCAAGGGAGCCAUGACGAGAGAGAGAAAACACUAAUUUGUGUUGGCUUUUGUUCUGUAUAGAGUUUGGCGAGAUUUCUGUGUUGACUCUGGGUAUAUUGUCCAUGCCAGUUUGUCUCUCACCAGCAACUCCUGGCUAUGAACACCUGCGUCUCUGUUUAAACAACGGGAAUAAAAGAUGACCUGUUUAUUCAGGCCUGUCUUUCAAGGCCGAUGUUUGAGGUCCUAUUUUUUGCCACCCAAUCAGUCUUGCGAGAUUUUUUUUUUCAUUUUUGUUCAGUUUUGUAGAAAUCUAGACUCUGUAUGUAAAUUUGGAGUUUAAAAAGAAAAAAAAGAGGAGAUUAAUAUUAUGGUAAUCGUUUUAUUCUAUAUAAGGAAUGUAAUAUUAAUGUAAUCAGAGGCCGUACUGUAUUUGAACGCUUUGGUGCCUGUUUGGAAUUUCCUUGUUUCGUAAAAUAUAUGUGCGUCUUAAUCUAUGUGUACUCUUUUGAAAAACUGUCUUCAGAUUUGCUUCCAACUGAGCUAAAACAGAACAAGAUUCCACCACCCCAUCCCACCAGAUACCUCAUGCCUUCCCUUCUGAUCUCGGUGUUUUCCCCAGAAUACCUCAGCCUGCCAGCGCAGGGCCCUGGAACGCAGACUGCCUGUCCAGACCAUUUUCCUAUUCCAAGAGUCCUUUUCGGUAAAGCAAUCACAGUCUCCUGCUUGACUCCCCUCUGCCACACUGGCUCAUCCGUGGUCCUUCCUCACCUUCUUCUGUGCUCCCUGUCAGUGGAAUCUUGGGUUUUCACAAAGUUUGGGCUUCCUUUCAUUCACAUUUUGGUGGCCUUUUUCCUUUCUCUUUUCUCCUUUGUUUUAAAAAGAGGGGGGCUGACUUUAAAAUAAAAUAUUUAAAACUGA